AUACGCGCAAUGUAACCCAACCCCAAGUCGUACCGUCAGAAAACAACAGUGACUUCCUUCGUGCGCUGUGUCCCAGCCGCGCAAAUUAGCGACCGUCCUUCGCCAAAACUCUAUCCUGAGGCUGCUUCAAGGUUGUCGCGCAAAACCUAGACAAAGCUCUCUCUUUCUGUGAUUACACCACUUGGAACUGGGAGUGCUUCUGAAGGCUAAUCAACCAGUCUCGUUGAAUGUACAGGUUCUCAAUUAGUCAAUUUCUGAGCUUUAUGUAUGAAUAAUUGCUACAAACCCAUGCCAAUUUACCCAAAUCUUGCACUUUUAGGGUUUCGUUACUGGGUUGGUCUUGUAACUUUAUUGAUUACAUGAUUAGAAGCCAAUGUACCAAAAGCUUAUAUCUUUUAGGAGAAUAAUGUUGUGGAUGUGAAUCUUGGGGAAAAUGGGUGAUGUUGAGAUACCCAAUUGGCUGAAAGGGUUGCCAUUGGCGCCCGAGUUUCGACCGACUCAUACUGAAUUUGCAGACCCAAUUGCUUAUAUAUCGAAAAUUGAGAAGGAAGCUAGUGAAUUUGGUAUUUGCAAGAUUAUCCCACCGUUGCCAAAACCCUCGAAAAGAUAUGUUUUUAGCAACUUAAAUAAGUCGCUUGCUAAGUGCCCAGAAUUGGGUUCUGAUGUAAAUUUGUUGAAUGAUUGUUCUCCCCUGAAAACGGGUUUUGGGGAUGGUCGUAAUGAUGGGGAGGCUAGGGCAGUCUUUACCACAAGGCACCAAGAAUUGGGCCAGAGUGUGAAAAGAGUGAAAGGGGCAGCAGUUCAGAAUCCGCCAUCAGGUGUUCAUAAGCAAGUGUGGCAAAGUGGGGAAAUUUAUACUUUGGAGCAGUUUGAAUCUAAGUCUCGGGCUUUUGCAAGGAGCAUUUUAGGUACAAUUAAGGAGGUCUCUCCAUUGCUUAUAGAGGAAAUGUUUUGGAAGGCAGCUUCUGAGAAGCCUAUAUAUGUGGAGUAUGCAAAUGAUGUGCCUGGGUCUGCUUUUGAAGAACCGGUUGGUCAAUUCCGUUAUACUAAUAGGCGGAGGAGGAAGAGGAAUUCUUACCAUAGAAGUAGAGAAAACUCUGACAGUAAGAGAAGUGACCUGAUUAGCAGUAGUGAAAGAGACUCUCAUAGUAUUGAAGUUAAAAAUGCUUCUCCUAAGAAUGUUUCAGAUACAUGUUUAGAGGUAUCCAAAUCAUCUACUGCUCCAGAAAUCUUGUCAGCAGAAGAAACCUCCCAAUCUUCUAGGCGAAAAAAUCCAAAUGCAUGUUGUGAUACAGAAGGUACUGCUGGUUGGAGGCUUUCAAACAGUCCUUGGAACUUACAAGUAAUUGCACGCUCACCUGGUUCACUUACUCGUUUCAUGCCUGAUGAUAUCCCGGGUGUUACUUCUCCUAUGGUUUACAUUGGAAUGUUGUUCAGUUGGUUUGCUUGGCACGUUGAAGAUCAUGAGCUUCACAGCAUGAAUUUUCUUCACACGGGAUCUUCAAAGACUUGGUAUGCUGUUCCAGGAGAUUAUGCAUUUGAUUUUGAGGAACUUAUUCGCACUGAGGCAUUUGGUGGUAAUGUUGACCGCCUAGCUGCUCUCUCAUUACUGGGUAAUAAAACAACUUUAAUUUCACCUGAGGUUGUUGUUGCAUUGGGAAUUCCUUGUUGCAGGUUAAUACAGAAUCCUGGUGAGUUUGUUGUGACUUUUCCAAGGGCUUACCAUGUAGGAUUCAGCCACGGUUUUAACUGUGGGGAAGCUGCCAACUUUGGAACACCACACUGGCUUGAAGUAGCUAAAGAAGCUGCAGUACGUAGAGCUGCUAUGAAUUAUCUUCCUAUGCUCUCCCAUCAACAGCUGCUAUACCUCUUGACCAUGUCUUUUGUUUCAAGAGUGCCAAGGUCCCUACUACCAGGUGUGCGGGGUUCGCGUAUGAGAGAUCGGCAAAAGGAAGAAAGGGAGUUAUCGGUAAAGAAGGCUUUUGUUGAAGAUAUGUUAAAGGAAAAUAACGUUUUAUCCGUCCUUCUUCAGAAAGAAUCAAGUUACCACGCAGUAUUAUGGAACCCAGAUUUACUUCCAUAUACAAGUAAAGAGCCCCUAACACCCAUUGCAGGUGCUCCUGUUGAUAUGAAGCCAAAAGAAAAUGCUACCCAUAUUCAGUGUGGAAAUAAUAAUAAUGAUCAGAACUUACUGUUUGAUGAGAUGAGUUUGUAUACGGAAAAUAUGAAUGAUUUAUAUUUGGGUAGUGAUGAUCUGUCAUGUGACUUUCAAGUCGACUCAGGGACAUUGGCAUGUGUGGCUUGUGGAAUACUUGGGUUUCCAUUUAUGUCAGUAGUGCAACCAUCUGAGAAAGCAUCAAUGAAACUUCAGCCUGAAUAUUUUUUGGCUCAAGAAUUCCCUGGAGUUUCAGGACUUGAGAAAUCUCAUUUGUCUACAGGCCAUCAAGCAUUUGUCAAGGGCUGUGUUACAGAGGAUCCGUCUCCUGUUCCCAAUGUCAUGUCACCUGCAAAGGAUCCCCUAAUACCUUCCACAACCAAGCUUAAUAAGGAUUGGAAUACUGUUAAUAAAUUUCUGAGACCGCGGAGUUUCUGCCUUGAGCAUGCUGUUGAAAUCGUGGAGUUGUUGCAGAGUAAAGGUGGAGCGAACGUGCUUGUAAUUUGCCAUUCUGACUAUCAGAAAAUAAAGGCUCCCUCUGCUGCAAUUGCAGAGGAAAUAGGUUUCUCUUUUAAUUAUACUGAGGUUCCAUUGGAUAUUGCAUCGAAGGAAGAUCUGAAUUUGAUAGAUCUUGCAGUCGAUGAUGAACAUGAUGAAUGUAGAGAAGACUGGACCUCAAAGUUGGGUAUCAACUUAAGGUACUGUGUCAAGGUCAGAAAGAAUUCAUCCUCAAAGCAAGUCCAGCAUGCAUUGACAUUGGGUGGAUUGUUCUCCAAACAGAGCCCGAGCUCAGAUUUUCAGAGGGUCAAAUGGCAAUCCAAAAGAUCUCGAUCUAAAAAGCUUAAUCAUCCAGCACAUUGUAGACCAUGUGGGAGCAUUGAGAAAAAGGAUGAAGUGGUGGAGAGAAAGUCAGAUGACACCUCUUUUAAGAGGGAUGAAAAAAUAAUUCAAUAUUCAAGAAGGAACUAUAAGCUAAAAGCAGGUGAUUCAACAGGAGCAGGUAGGAUCUGUGGGUACCCUGCUACUUGUGGAGAGGGUGAUAAACACAGUAGAAUGGCAUCAGAAAGUAACCUUCGUGACAUUGGGAAUUCCACGAGCAGUUGUGCAAGAUUUUAUUCCUCCAAGUCAAAUAGAAUGUCUGAAACAUAUCCUGUUGUUCAGAUGCUAGAAUCAACCAAGGAUAUCAGUUUGUACUCUACUUCUUCCCAAGUUGCAGCUAAACUUGCGACUGCUACAUUAAUAGCUGAAGGCGUUGAGGCACAGGUUGAGAAUCACAGUUCGGAAGGAAGAAAUAUGUACGGUGAAGGUUGUGGUUUAGUAUCAAGAGAUAGUUCUGAUAUGCAAGAUGAGAUCGCGAUCCCUGAAGAAGCCAGUGAGAACAAGUCUGAGGUUUCUGAUAUGCAAGAUGAGAUCGCGAUCCCUGAAGAAGCCAGUGAGAACAAGUCUGAGGUUUCUGAUAUGCAAGAUGAGAUCGCGAUCCCUGAAGAAGCCAGUGAGAACAAGUCUGAGGUUUCUGAUAUGCAAGAUGAGAUCGCGAUCCCUGAAGAAGCCAGUGAGAACAAGUCUGAGGUUUCUGAUAUGCAAGAUGAGAUCGCGAUCCCUGAAGAAGCCAGUGAGAACAAGUUUGAGGCACAAAUGGUGAAUACAGUAAUGGAGAUAUCUUGUAUGAACAGUGAAAUUUGUGAUUCCAUGACUUUGGGUGAUGAAGUGCAGCCAGAAAACCAAACUACCAACAAAAGAAACGACAAGGCACCAGUUUCAUGUAGUUCCCAUCUGUUGCAGGAUCCUACUUUCGCUGCGGCUGAGGACUACGAGGGAUGUCCAAGAGAGACCCACAUUGCAGAUGAGUUUAGCAAGGAUGUAUCUUUAGAAUUCAAACUGCAAGAAGAAAUUAAGAGUCUGAAAGGAAGAAAUGAGGAACCCAGUUUAAGUCCUAACAGACAAAUAAAUGAGCCCUCUCCUGCUUCAAUUGAAGGAACUUCAGGAGUUCCUAGAGAGCUCUGUGCUGCAGAAGAUUCUUUCCCUGGUCUGAUUUCAUGUAGUGAAGAAUUCCGGACUGCAGAUAGAAGUGAGGGGGAACAUGUCUCCACCUCAGUGACACAAAUGGAAAUAACUCAACAGUGUAUCUCAAUGGAAGAAUCUUCUCAAGUCCCAAGGGGUUGCUCUUCUGAGGAAGGCCCAGACAACGGUGUGACUUCAGACACAGUUCAGCAAGAAGUACAGACUACAAAUGGACCUAUGAAGGAACCUAUACUUGGUCUUGUCAUAGAAACAGAAAAUCAGCCAACACCUGGUUCAGUUGAAGAAUUUGAGGUUCUGAGAGUGACCUGUGCUACAGAUAACAUCAAUGGUUUUGUGGCUUUGGAUAAUAAAGAACAGAGAAAAAAACGGACUACAAAUAGUAGUGAGGAACUCAUUUAUAGUCAAGAUAUUGCCAGAUGCCAGCCGUUACCUGCUUCAAUCCAAACAUAUUCUAGAAUUAAAAGAGAGCCUCGUGCUGCUCAAGGCUUACGCAACUCCAGUGAAGUUUGCUUAUCACCACUUGAUAAAGAGUUGGAAAGCAUUGGGUCUUCCAUUGCAGACCCUGCACCAAUUCCUGAAAUGGGAAGAAAAAGAAAGAGAGAAGUGGAGCAAAUAAAAGAUGACAAUUUCAAUUUCAAUGGAUUUAUUAAAGGCCCAUGUGAAGGAUUGAGACCAAGGGCUGGGAAGGAUGCAAUGAGUAGAAGCGGGAUAGACAACCUCCACAAAGAGGUGGAGGAGAAGCCAGUGACAAAGAAGGUGAAGAAACCUUCAGAUCCUCCCAAUCCCAAGUAUAAGAAAGAACAAGAAAAGAAGUCUCACAGGUGCGACCUAGAAGGCUGCCGCAUGAGUUUCGGAACAAAGGCAGAGCUAGUGUUGCACAAGCGUAACCGCUGCCCACAUGAAGGGUGUGGUAAGAGAUUUAGCUCCCACAAUUAUGCAAUGAUACACAGCCGUGUGCAUGAUGAUGAUAGGCCCCUCAAGUGCCCGUGGAAAGGUUGCUCCAUGUCGUUCAAGUGGGCAUGGGCACGGACUGAACAUAUACGAGUCCACACUGGAGAGCGACCGUACCAGUGCAAGGUUGAGGGCUGUGGCCUCUCCUUCAGGUUUGUAUCAGAUUUUAGCCGUCACAGACGGAAAACAGGGCAUUAUGUGAGCUAACCUGCCUGAAGAUUCGUUGUUUUGUUCAGGUUACUUGUGUAACAUAUGAUGGGUAUAAGCAAAAGUGGUUUCUGGGGCCAAAGAGGCCUACAGGAUCUCGUGUAAUCUUCUUUUUUCGUUUUUGGUUAGAAUCUCAUGUAAUCUUGGAUAGUCUGGUUAGGUGUAGAUCAGUACGAAUUUACUUUUUUGUAGCUGCAAUUCACUCACCAAUUAUUUGAAUGCACCGAUAGUUUUCUGUCUA